UCCGCCGCCGGCCCGCGCGGCCCCGCGGGCGGCUCCGUGGCCAUGCGGGCGGCACAGCCGCGCUCCCGGCAGCAGACGCUGGCCCUGCGGCGGCAGCUCGUCGGCUCUUCUUGCAAGCUGUUUUUUCCUAAUGAUCCAGUGAAGAUCAUGAAGGCCAAAGGCCAGUAUAUGUAUGAUGAGAAUGGGAGACAGUACCUUGACUGCAUAAACAAUGUUGCUCACGUUGGACACUGUCACCCUGAUAUAGUAAAGGCAGCCCAUGAACAGAAUCAAUUGUUAAAUACAAAUUCUCGUUACCUUCAUGACAACUUGGUUGAUUAUGCAGAGAGACUUUCAAAAACACUACCUGAGAAAUUAUGUAUCUUCUAUUUUUUGAAUUCUGGAUCUGAAGCCAACGACCUUGCUCUGAGAUUGGCACGACAGUACACAAAACAUGAGGAUGUUAUCGUUUUAGACCAUGCUUACCAUGGACAUCUGACAUCUUUGAUUGACAUAAGCCCAUAUAAAUUCAGAAAUCUAGAAGGACAAAAGGAAUGGGUCCACGUGGCUCCUGUUCCAGACACAUACAGAGGACUUUAUAGAGAAGACCAUGAAGAUUCAGUAACAGCCUAUGCUGAUGAAGUAAAAAAUAUUAUUGAGCAUGCACAUAAGAGAGGCAGAAAGAUUGCUGCAUUUUUUGUUGAAUCUCUACCAAGUGUGGGUGGUCAAAUCAUUCCCCCAGCAGGGUAUUUUCAGAAGGUUGCAGAGCAUGUGCACAAGGCAGGAGGUGUAUUUAUUGCUGAUGAAAUUCAAGUUGGCUUUGGCAGGGUUGGCAAGCACUUUUGGGCAUUCCAGCUUCAGGGAGAAGAUUUUAUACCUGAUAUUGUCACUAUGGGGAAACCAAUAGGAAAUGGGCACCCACUUGCUUGUGUAGCAACAACAAAAGAAAUUGCAGAAGCAUUUGCGGCCACAGGAGUAGAGUAUUUUAAUACAUUUGGUGGGAACCCUGUUUCAUGUGCCAUUGGAUUAGCUGUGUUAGAUGUAAUUGAAAAGGAACACCUUCAGGCUCAUGCCACAGAGGUAGGCAACUUCUUGAUGAAGACACUCAAGGAGCAGCAAAUCAAGCAUCCCAUCAUCGGUGAUGUCAGAGGUUGUGGCUUAUUCAUUGGAGUGGACUUAAUCAAGGACCAAGCAGAAAGGACUCCAGCCACAGCAGAAGCAGAGGAUUUAAUAACAAGACUUAAGGAAAAAUAUAUUCUACUGAGUACAGAUGGGCCAGGAAGAAAUGUGCUGAAAUUCAAGCCCCCAAUGUGUUUUAACAUGGAGGAUGCAAAAUUUGUUGUGGAGACAAUUGACAAAAUACUAACAGAUAUGGAAAAAGAAUGUCUGAACCAACAGAAAACACCUAUUUGGUCCACCUGAGCAGGUAUUUACCUAGAGUCACCCAGAACCAUUUAAAAGCCAAGGUUCCUAAACAUAAUUUCACAAGCACUGUCAGAAUAAAGCUUCCUCAGAGAUGCUGUUACUCAAAGGUUGCAGGAAUUUCUGGGGAUCUCCAAGCAUGGACCACACAUCCAGCAUUCACAACUGCCUUCCAUCAGUCUGACACUCCCAGCAACACUGUGUGCAUCACUUGUUGUAAGCAAGGGCCAACAUGUCCCAGACAUGACUGUCUCUAGAGCAUGCAAAUGACUGCACAUCCACACAAACAGAGCUUUCUUUUCUGCUUGCUGCUCAGUGCCUUCAGGCUCCAGCCAGAAGCUGGUCCAGCUGUAUAACCACUUCUCAGCAGAUCUCCCCUUAAGUGUCAUUUCAGGUUCACAGCUGGCAUCUCAUGCUUCAGGAUCCAUUUACCCCUAGACAAAAAGUUUGUGGGUAUCAGAGUAAGAUCGGUCUUGUUAAGUCUUCAUAGUCUUGUUAUCUCUUCAUCUGUUGAGGUCCCUCAGUAGAUUGCCAAGAGAACAUCUAGCUGCAACUCAGUUUGCUACACACUCAUGAGCACAGUGUACACUUAAAGUUACCACCUUGGUAACAACAUCCUUUGGUACACUUAGUACUUCUUCAAACUACUCUAAGAGACAACCAGAUGUUUAGAUGAACUCUGGAUAGCUGGGCAGGAAUGCACCUAACAUGGUCAUUGUGAGCAGUGUAAUCAUUAGUGGCCUCAACCACCAUGAGAUUCACAGUGCUAUGGCCCUGAGCUAAGGAGAAAUGUGUUUUUAGUUCAGUGUAUAUUAGUAUAGCAGGCACAAGAAAAAUGUGUUAAUAUUUUAUUUAGCAAGUUAAUGGAAAGACAUACAGCUGUUUAUACUACUUAUUCUUAGGAACAGAAAGAUUACUUAACAGUGCCAGUGCAAAUUAGAGGCCUAAUGACUUAAUGUACUUAUCUGUGAUCUAAACUAAGCAAGAAAAAUGCCUUUAUUUUCUACAGGAAACCAAGAAUGCAAAAAGCCUCUUACUACGUACAGUACUAGUAAGACACUUACAUAUAAUGUAAGCGAAAAUGAGGCAAUUAAGUAAUUUCUUUUAAUGAUACUUUUACAAAAAAAAACCGUAACAUUAUUUUCUUUCCAUAGGUUUCAAACAAUGUUCAAGAUCUACUACUAAGAAACAUUAUUCUACUAUAAUAAUGCACAUUUAAUCUUCAUCCUAGCAUGUCUUAGACCAGAUAAGUCACCUUUGAGUUUUCUGUUUUCAUUUAUCUUGUUUUUAGUAAAAGCUCUAAGAGAAAUAAAUUUUACAAGAGCUUGUCUCAA